GGUUUUGCAGCGGUGCCCGCAAGUUUCACCCGCACACAACCCGCGCGCAGCCACUCGCGCUGACGCGCUCAGAAACCGCACUCUGCUGGCAAUGAAAAACCAACCGAAGACAGCCACUAAUGUUCUCAAUAUGUGUUUGUAACUAUGGCAGUUUCACAACAGUGGUUUAUACAAUGGUCACCCCCGUCCAUGAUACUUGCGGACAUCACUAGUCAGUAUAACAAUGUGAACGAACGAUUUAACACUUUUAACCAUGAUAGAACCAAGUGGGAAGUGAACAGUGUUGAUGAUGAUAGUCAAACUAAACCCGUGUAUGAACCUGAAGAAAGUGACUAUGGAUAUGAUAUCGAGGAUAAAGUUAGAAAUGGAGCGACACAUGCCGCCGGGCUGACGUUGUGGCUCACGAUGCUGGGCCUUGCGCGCGCGCAGAGCAUCCCGGCAGACUUCGACACACCGCCCUUUAGCACUCUCUACAAGUGGAAGCGUGUCGACUUCGAAUUCCCGUCUGAGAUGCACCGGCAACAUGCAAUCGCUACUGGCAAAUACAUCCCCGCGAAUGUACUACCCCUGGGCCUCGAGGUGUACGGGUCUCGGGUGUGGGUGACGCUACCGUCCUGGCGGCGCGGCGUGCCGGCCACGCUGGCGACCGUUCCGCGCCUUGGCGGCGUCACCUCCCCGCUCCUCAGGCCUUAUCCAGACUGGUCUUUCCACAGAGCAUUUGCCAAUGAAUCUAAAAGCUGUAGAGGGUUGACAUCAGUAUUUCGAAUGAACGUGGAUGCCUGCGGGCGACUCUGGGUUCUAGAUUCCGGUCAAAUUGACUCUCAAGACAGCCCGAAGCAGUUAUGUCCUCCGAGUAUAGUCGUCUUUGACUUGAGAACAGACACACUCAUCGCUAGAUACAAAAUUCCAAAAAAAUAUGUGCUACAAGACUCACUCUUCUCUAACAUUAUCGUGGACACUCGCACUAAAGACUGCUCGGAUCUACACGUCUACAUAGCAGAUACUUGGCGGUUCGGACUCCUAGUGUUCAGACAAAGUGAUGCUGCUUUUUGGAGAUUCUCUAAUCCUAUUUUUUAUCCCGACCCACUCGCCUCCAACUACACACUUCACGGCCUCAAUUUUCAUUGGGCAGAUGGCAUUUUUGGGCUAGCGCUGUCACCUUUGGAUUCUUCUGGUAACCGACUGUUAUUUUUCCAUGCCAUGUCGAGCUAUAGAGAAUUCAUCGUAUCCACAGCGGUUUUACGGCAGAGCGUGCGGGUUAAUGAUAGUUGGUCGGAUUUUUAUCUAUUCGGCGAGAGCAGAGGUCUAUCUGGACAGUCAUCGGCUUCUGCUAUAGACAGGCGUGGCGUCAUGUUCUACGGUUUGGUCUCCCGAGAUACUAUAGGCUGUUGGGAUACUAAUAAGCCUUAUAACAAAAUGUCGAUGGGGGUGGUGGCUGAGAACACAGAGACACUUAUAUUUCCUAAUGAUAUAAAAGUUGACCAAGAGGAGCAGCAAAGAGUUUGGGUGAUAUCGAAUCGGCUGCCAAUGUUUCAAGCGGGUCCUUUGAAUCCUUACGACUACAAUUAUCGUAUUCUGUAUGCCGACACAAUAGAAGCGACAAAGCGAACUGUCUGCAAUCCCGACGUGCAGUUUCCUGCGCUCAGCUAUAGAGCGUUAAAUUAAAUUCCCAUAUAGCCAAUAAAAUAGCAUUGAUUUGUCGGUAGUAUCUUGAUAGAUUAAAAUUGUAUUAAAGAAAACACUACAAUGACAAUGUUUUUAAACAAUAUUAAGGAAUGCAAUAUUUUUUGGAUUUUGCUAUAUAGGUAUUUAUUCUUAUUUCAUUCUUAAAGUAGAUUCUGUAAUAGCUUAAUAAUUAUGUGAUUGUGAUUUACGUAUUUUCAGCUUAGAUAUUUGAUACGUUGGUCAAACCUUUACCUUUAUAUUUUUUUGGUUGAAUUUGUUGUAUCACGCACACUUUCUUAUUAUAUAUCGCAAUUAUACAGCUCGACCGAGAUCCACAAUUUAAUAGCUCGUACACGUGCGAAAUAUUAAAUUAUAUAAAUGGAUCUCUACUUAUCCAGGUUCUCUUUAUCCAGAUUUAACUGUAUAAGUAUUAUUAAUAAUAAAUGUGAACACUAUAGACAAUACGUUACAAAAACAAUUUAAAUGAUCUUUUUAAUAAGAACAUGACAAAUGAACAACGCCUAUCUUACGCAUUUCUUGCUUUUGCUUGUAGAAAUAAACAGGCGUUAUAAAUUUUCUAUUGGCUGUAGAUUGUUUUGAUCGCAAUAGUUAAUUAAAUUAAUAACAACAAUCGUAGCAAUAAAAAUACUAGUGGCUCUGUGAGCUGUAGACCUCGCGAGCAUAUCUUAUUGGGCACGAUGACAAUAUAGUAAAUAAAAAAAAAACAAUACGAAAAGUAUAAAAAAAUACAAAAAGUUAUAUCCCAGCAUAUAAUUAUUAAUUACUAUACAGGGAUACUUAUACUGGGGAUCGAACCCAGACCUUCUGUGCAAACAAAAAAAGCGAACGUUUGCAAAAUACGCCAUGAUGGUUCUUACUUAAAGUGACGAAAUUUAGCUACUCAUUCUCAAGUAAAAACUAUAAGUAUA